UCUUUUGUUACUGUGGUCGCGCCGUCGUACGUGGCUCUUCUAUGUCUUGGCUUCGCCUGCCAUGAUCGGUGGCUCGACGCAAGUCACAUGCUGUGCAAGCGGCAACCUCAACGGCCCCUCGUUCAACGCGCAUCGCUAACGGACAACCUGCAUACUGGGUGUAUAGUGCGCGGCGAAACUCUCACACUCAUCAUCAGCAUUCAGCAUUCAAGUAUCGGCCUGUUCUGUUCGGAUCCCUUGCGUGCUGGUGCUCGAAAGAAGGCUCGGGUCACCAACAACAUCAUGUGCUCGCAUGCAUCGGAACCGCUGAGCGCCGGUGGCUCGCUAGCUUUGCUCCCGCUGACCUGUUCUUUGGGUCGACUCAGACUUCCGAUGUGGCCGUUGACCGUCGACUGCCCCUGUCGACACUUGCCUCUUCGUUUAGGUAUGGCGCUCUCCUUCCGCUCGCUAAGGCGGCGUGGCGGCAGUUGCGGUCGGGAUGGAGCUCUGCCAUGUUUGGUUGCUGAGCAAUCAAUCAGGCUAGAUCCGGUCCUUUAAAGCCUUGACCCUUUCCCCCUCGACUCUUCUUUCUUUCCUUCUCUCCCAUCCACACCACAUCCCCUCUCCCUUCGAUCGCUCACGUCCCUCCACUCUCUUCUCGACAUCGCAAGGCCUUCCGACAUCAAACUGCUCCUCUUACGACUAAC